AUGGCGUCUACCUUUGGGACAACUUCCUGCACCAAUGCCCUUUGCCCGCCUUGCUUCUUGAUGAACACAAACUUUGGAGCCAUCUACUUGACCAUCUCUUCUUGCCUAAGUGCCGAAUUCAGUUCUGCGUUGAGUAGUCUCUCGCUCACCGUCUUCCAAACAUUCACCUUCAUCAAUACUGGAUAUGGCGCGGCAGUGGUCUCUGAUGGAACCAACACCUACAUGGUCACCCGCUCAGGCCACAGAGGCUCUACGAUUGUGUGCAGCUGCAUCACAUCCAAUCUCUUGACCUGUGAUGCGUCUGUGACCCCAGUGAUUUUCUACAGCACCGAUGCCACGUUGAAUUCGAAUCCAUCUUCAGAAUGCAUCUCUAUCUCUGCAGAUUCGACUUAUGACAUCAGCUCGCGUGUUUGCGGUAGUGGCUUUAGCUACUGCCCGUCCUGCUGGAUUCUUGACACGUCCAGCGGCACUGUGAGCCUAACGCUGAGCAACUGUGACAACUACUACAAGAUUGAUGUAAGCUCUCAGUCUGGCAUGAUGGCCUACACUUUCCUCAAUACUGGUUCCAAUCUGGCAACAAUUUCAGAUGGAACGAACUCUUGGUCACUUGCAGCACCUGGUUCUGGCACUUCCCAAGCAAAAUGCACAUGUUAUGUCUCCGGUGGAAACCACUUGUUUGCCUGUGACAUCCCAGCAGUGGCAGCAAGCGGAAGCACGCCAAUCAACACCUUUCCGCAAAACGUGGAAGUUCUAAGCCAGGUGCGUUUCGGUGGCAGCACAACCUACAUCAACUAUGACAGCGGGAUUCCAGCCUUGCAAAUGUAUAUAGGCUCCAAUCGAGCGCUGUCUGGGACAAGCACCGCAGGAGGAUCAGGGAUAUUGCAUGGGACCUGGGCUCUGGAUGCAGCAACAGUUACAUCAGACAUCCGCUUCAAGCGAGACAUAGAACCAUUGCGGAGCACACUGCGAAGAUUAUGGAAGGAGCAGUCCCACGCCGACAAACAAAGCAUGGACGAAUCUGUGGAUGAGCGGCAACUCUUUGCCUGGAUGCUGAAUCAGCUCAGGCCGGUGUCAUACAUUUCGAAGACAGACCCGUUGGAAGCGCAAAGAUUUGGCUUCAUAGCACAGGAGCUGGAGCAAGCCUUGCCGAACAUGGUGCGGAUUGUGGAGCACCCUGAUGAGAGCCGCAAAACCGUCCAUUUGCUUGACCUGAUUGCUCUACUCGUGGCAGCCUCACAGCAACAGAACUCGCAGCUUGAAAGCUUGGAGCGGGAGGACAAAGCCAAAAGCAUUCAAUUGCAUGAUCUCCUGCAGCGAGUGUCGCUGGUAGAGCAUUUGCGACAGCGAUUGGAUUCCUUAGAGAGGUCGGUGGAGCAGCUCCGAAGGGAGACCAACCGAUGCUGUGGAAAUGUGACCUUUCAACAUGCCUGA